AUGGCGAAGAGUGGGGUGUUUGAAGGCGACCCAGGAAUGGUGUCUAAAGCCAUGGAAUUGAAAAGGGAAUUGCAGAAAUUGGUCAAGGCAAUUGUUGAUGACGAGGAAGUUAACUUGGAGGCAAUUGAUAAAGCCCAGCAAAUGCUUUCUGCUUUGAAGGAAUUGAAAUUGAAGAAAUAUUUAUCUCUUAGUUUUCAUGAUAAUCGUCGCAGUGAGGUAGUUUCUGGUGCGUUGCCGGAGGAAUUUAAAUGCCCACUUUCUAAAGAACUUAUGGGGGAUCCUGUUAUUGUAGCCACCGGACAGACUUAUGAUCGACCCUUCAUUCAGAAAUGGUUAAAAUCUGGGAAUAGGACAUGCCCUCGAACACAACAAGUAUUAUCGCACACUAUUCUUACGCCGAAUCACUUGAUUAAGGAAAUGAUAUUGCAAUGGUGCAAGAAUCACGGUAUUAAAUUGUCAGACUCUGUUCAGUAUUCCGAUGAGGAUGGCUUAACUGGAGAUGACCGGGACCGGUUCCUAUGUUUGCUUGAGAAAAUGUCAUCAACAUUGUCUGAGCAAAAAGAAUCCGCGAGAGAGUUGCGGCUAUUGACGAAAAGAAUACCUUCGUUCCGUGCACUUUUUGGCGAAUCUCGCAAUGCAAUACCUCAGCUGCUGUCCCCGCUAUCUCAAAGCAAGACUCGGAAUGAGGUUCAGCCGGACCUCCAUGAGGAUAUAAUCACAACACUUUUGAAUCUCUCCAUUCACGAUAACAAUAAAAAGCUCGUUGCAGAAAUGCCAAUGGUUAUUCCGCUUCUUAUCGAUGCUUUGAGAUCGAGCACUAUUCAAACAAGGAGUAAUGCAGCUGCAGCACUUUUCACAUUAUCGGCUCUCGACUCAAAUAAGGAGCUGAUUGGUAAAUCCGGUGCUUUGAAACCUCUUAUUGACUUACUAGAAGAGGGACAUCUUUUAGCUAUGAAAGAUGUUGCUUCUGCAAUUUUUAAUCUAUGUAUUCUUCAUGAGAAUAAGUUGAGAGCUGUUAGAGAUGGUGCGGUGAGAGUUAUCCUGGAAAAGAUCAUGAAUCGAAUACAUGUUGACGAGCUAUUGUCCAUCCUCGCCAUGCUUUCAACUAGUCAAACAGCUGUCGAGCAAAUGGGAGAGCUCGGGGGAGUUGAAUGCUUGCUUAGUAUAAUCAGGGAGACAUCUUGUGCUCGAAACAAGGAGAAUGGCAUUGCAAUCCUUUUUACUAUUUGUUAUAGCGAUCGAUCCAAGUGGAAGCAGAUGAGGGACGAGGAAAACACAUAUGGGACUAUCUCUAAGCUCGCUGAAAAUGGCUCGUCCAGAGCCAAAAGAAAGGCCAGCGGAUUCGCUGCACUCGAAGCUGCCGAAGUGGAGCCACACGAAGCAGCCGACACCACCACCACCAUCAUAGGUCGCUUCAUGUCGUUCCUCGUUCUAUUCCGACGAACACCGCCUCGUGUUGGUGAUAGUGGCAAAGUCGCGCAUGAGAUCUGUCGGCACAGGCCACUGCUGCGCAAAGCAGAUCUGCAAGAAAUGCCAUGGUUUUGUUACCGUCGUGGGAUGUUGACUGUUGUUGGCUGUGAUUAA